ACUUUAGACAGACCUAAAGCGUCGACACACACAAAUUUACUCAAUUUUCACAACUUACACGAGAUUAAGUUAUUGGAAUAGUUUUGAUUCGAUUGCAAAUUAAAAAGAGAGUUUCACAAUGGAUACACAACCGUUUAACAAGUCCGCGUUCCUCGAGAGCUAUUUGCUUAAGCACCGCGAGCUGGGCAAGCGACAGAAGGAGUACAAGAAGCUGCUCUCAAGCAAGGUCAAGACGCGCAAUGAGACUAUCAUCGAUGCGAGCUACGAGAACACGAUCGAUCGCCUCGAGGAGGAGAAGAACGAUCUGCGCGCACAGAUUUGGGUGGCAGGAGGAUCGACGCACACUCAGAAGGACAAUCGCUAUCUGCGGCAGAUUCGCUGUCAUGUGGAGUGCCAGGAGAAUCUUGCCGAGGACAUCACCAAGCUGAAGACCUCAAUUUGCAACAUGGAACGUGAGAUCAGCCGAGUGCGCAAACAGAUCUACAAUCUGAAUCGUCUCACGGUCCCCGAGCAACAGCAUCAGGCGCAUGUGGCGAGGGUGCGCAAGAAGAUGGUUAUUCUGGAGAACUCACUGGAGGUUGGAGUGCGACAGGAAUGUGGAUUCACUGCGGCCAAUGCAGAGCUGCGAGAGCAACUUAUCAGGAUACUGAAUCACCGCACCUUCUUCAACGAUUCAUACACCAAGAUGGUGCAGAAGCUGAACAGCGACAAGAAGUAUCUGAUCGAUCUCAUUGAGUAUGCGCUGAACACUUUCGAUGGCUGCAUCGAUGUCUACGAGAAGAUCGACAAGAUCACGAAGCGCGAGGCCAAGGAGCGCGAACUGCGACGUAUCGAGCUGCAGGGAAUCAUGCGCAAGGUGGCCGCCGAUGCGGACAACACGGCGUUCAUCGAGUGCAAGGGUAGAGAUCGAGUGCUGGCCGAUCUGCAGCCCAAGGAGUACAAACGACGCAACGAGUUUCGGCGCAAGCACAACAAAAAGAUCAGUCUGUAUAACUCGGUGCUGAAGAAGAUUCUCGACUACACCAACUCACGCAAUGUGGAGGAGGUGAUAGACAAGUUCCAACAGCAGGAGAGUCUUUACUACUCGUUCUUCAACUACGCCAACGAGAUGAGCUACCACAUCACGCUGCUGAACAACUCGGUGAAUCGGCUCUUCGAGGAUAUUGUGGAGCUGAAGCGCGAGAACUCCAAUACGCUGCAGGAUCAGAUCAAUCUCAUCCAGCAGCUGGAGGAUCAAGUUCACCAGAAGCAGGCCUCCAACAUAGAGCUGAAUAAGACACGCGAGAGCAACGAUGCACGUCUCGAGAAUCUGCUGCAGGGCAUUGAAAUGCUUUGCGACAUGUGCUCCGUGGACACAUCGCCAUUGCAGGAUCUCCUGGGGGAUCACACGCAUGUGAAUCUGGUCAAUGUGGAGCGCUUUGUCAAGGUGCUCGAGGCACGUAUCCAGGACAUUGUGGCCAGCGUGUACGUGUUCGAGCGCCAAGACGAGGGCAACAUCGACUAUGUGGUCAAGCAGAUCGAAAAGAUCUGCGAGCUGCCCACCGAUCUCAAUGAUAUUGUGCUUACCCAACAGUGUCCCGAGUGUGCCGAGGGCGAAGCCUUCAACAUCGAUGAUGGCGGCGAUGGUGUUGCUAUUCACACAGUCAAGGAGGCCAAGCAGAAGCUCUACGAGAAGAUCACGCAGCCCGAGAUGCAGUAUCGUCUCCAUAGCAUCAGCCAGUGUCGUCUGCCUCGAUCCCGCAUGCUGGCAGCCAAGCGCAACAUGUGAAUCCUUUCCGCUUGGGUUUCACUUUCUUUUUUUUUUUCGUACUUCUUCUGGCCAAUGCGAAUUGAAUUUAAAUUCAUCUACGAUGUCCCACUAUGCGUAUGUGUAAUAAAACUUGACGUUGACAAUCUAAA